GAUUGUUGUAGGCAUGCCCUCCUUAUGACAACGCGUAGAAGGGGCAGCGCCGUCCCGACGUUUCUCUGGCUUCUUGUUUAAGCUGGCAACGUUCAAUUGACAGAUGCUCGUUUAAAGCUUUCUUUAAUCUGUUUCCAACUUUCCCUUACCAAACAGCCCUCUCUCUCUCUCUCUCUCUCUCUCUCUCAAGCCUUUGGCUGGCUCUUCUUCAGGAUUUCUCACAAAUUUUGGGAAAGUUUUGAUGUCAAAUAGCUAGAUCUUGUGCGAGUGCAAUAAAGAUGUCAACUCCAUCCAAGGAGUUACGAGAGCAUGGUGACAACUCUGAGCAACUUAUGAAGGAAGACAGUGAGUCUGUCAGGCUGUUUAUGUCUGAUGAACCGAUAGUAGCCGAAGUUGAUGUAAUACGGGCUCGGGCAACAAAACGACAUAAAUCUUUCAUCUGGUGGAUGAAGACCUUGUUGUGGUGCAUGUUUUCAAUUGUGUUCCUUCUCAUUUUUGUGAAAUGGGGAAUCCCAUUUUUUCUUGAAAAGAUUCUAAUGCCAAUCAUGCGAUGGGAAGCAACUGCAUUUGGACGGCCCGCUCUCGCUCUCAUACUUGUCGCCUCUUUGGCCUUGUUUCCGGUGAUCUUGCUUCCUUCUGGACCCUCCAUGUGGUUGGCAGGAAUGAUUUUUGGGUAUGGUCUUGGAUUUGUGAUCAUCAUGGUCGGGACUACCAUUGGUAUGGCAUUGCCAUAUUUAAUUGGGUUACUUUUUAGUGACCAUAUUCAUAGAUGGUUGAAUAGAUGGCCCCAGAAAGCGAAUGUAAUUAGGCUGGCAGGAGAAGGAAGCUGGUUCCAUCAGUUUCAAGUGGUGGCACUCUUCCGAGUGUCACCAUUUCCCUACACAAUUUUCAACUAUGCCAUAGUGGUAACAAACAUGAAAUUUGGACCGUACAUGUGUGGGUCAAUUGCCGGAAUGGUGCCGGAAGCUUUUCUCUACAUCUACAGCGGACGAUUGAUAAGGACUUUGGCAGAUGUGAAAUAUGGAACAUAUCACAUGACAACUGUGGAGAUCGUAUACAACAUCAUCUCCUUCAUUAUAGCCAUCAUUACUAUAGUUACCUUCACCGUCUAUGCCAAGAGAGCUCUAAGAGACCUUGAAAAGAAGGAGAGCCACGGAGAUGAAGAAAAUGCCAGACAUGGUGGUUUUGAGAUGGAGAAGCGUCCAGUUGAAAAACCCAAAGAGCCGGGUGUCUCAUCUCUCCCUCCAUAAUGUGUGAAUGUUGAGAGAGAACACUGAAGCUGGUAAAAGAUGAGAUUAGUUUGUAUGAUAAUAUGGGAAAAGAGAGAAAUGAAAUGAGUAGGGUGAGAAUACAAUCACUUUUAGGAAAAUGAAAAACUGGGAACAUGGGCACUGGAUGCUGUGACCAUCCCUUAGGGCCCACCCCUUUGUAUAGUUCAACUUCCAACAGGAAUUCAAACACAUGGCCAGACCCAAGUGAAGGAUCUUAAUUCUCAAAUUAA